AUGGGCAUCGAGAGCUACCUCCCCUGGAUGUGGUCCUCGUCGUCGGCGGCGUCAGGAAGCACUGGGAGUACUGGCAAGUCCGGAAGCAGAGAGAAGAAGAAGGACAGGAAGGCCAUUCGAACGAGAGCGGAGCAGAUCCAGCUGAACGGCAAUGCGAAACAACAUGGCUCCGGGAAGGAAGAAGAGGACGAAGGAUACUACCCUGGGUUGGUCAACGUCUCGGGGACGUAUUGUUUCAUGAACUCGACGCUCCAGGCUUUGGCUUCGCUUUCCUAUCUCCAACCGCACAUAGACGCCAUUCACGCAAAGGCAGAAGCCCUCGACGUUCCGACGCCAGUAAUCGACGCUCUCAAGGAGCUAUUCCAAGACUUGAACACACCCAAGUCGGCUUACCGCGCAAUCCGCCCAAUGGACAUAAUCAACGUGCUCAGUCAACAAACUGAAGGCCGGACGAACUCCCUCUUCUACUCGCGAGAGCACCAAGACGCUCAAGAGCUCUUCCAAGUGGUUUCGGAAUGCAUCAAGAACGAGUUGGCGGCAGUGGAUAAAGAAGGGUUAAGGGAUCGCGGCUUUGGAAGUGCACUUGACAAACCUUCGGAGACGACAAAGGAGAUUGGCAAGAGCGUUUUCGAUGGGUUGACCGCGAACCGAAGGAGUUGUGUCGUUUGCGGGUAUACCGAGGCGGUUAUGCAUUUCGCAUUCGAUAACUGGCAGUUAUCUGUUCCAAGGAUGGCAGGUAGCUGCAGGUUGGAAGACUGCCUCGAAGACUACACCCGACUUGAAAUCCUCAAGGAUUGCAUCUGUAGAAAGUGCUCACUGGUCGCGACGCAUAACCGGCUAAAGCAGGAACUCGCCACGUUGGAGGAAGCGACGAAACCCGGCACAAAUCCUUCUAGCUCCAAGAAGAGACGAUUGAAGGAAGUGAGGAAGUUUGAGGCUCGUGUUCGGGCAGCGUUGGCAGAGGGUCGGAUAGAAGAAGACUUGAAAGACGUGAGGAUAGAGAAAGUUUUCAGCCCGGCGUCUACCAAACAAGCUAUGAUUGCCCGACCUCCUCCAGUACUCGCUCUUCAUCUGAACCGUUCCAUCCAUUACGGACAUUAUGCUGGGAAAAACAACUGCAGAGUUGCUUUCCCCGAGGUCCUCGAUUUGACACCUUUUACGACCUCCGGAUCCCUUUCCACCAUCCCAACAGCAUCUAUCUCAACACCGCCUCCAGCAGUUCCCCGCUCAACGACGCCAACACCCUCCACUUACUCCAACCAACGGACAAUCUAUCGUCUCGCAGCAGUGGUCUGUCAUUUCGGUGGACACUCCUUUGGUCACUAUAUCUGCUAUCGACGGAAACCUCGGCCAACGGGAUUGCCAAAGGAGAAACGCUUUGCACCGCCUGUCCUUGUCGACCCGCUGCGGAUACCGGACGGCGACGUAGACGACGAGAACCAGGCACAAAGCCAGGGUCCUGAAUACAUCUUCGAAGAUGGGGAAACGCAACCGGGGAAGGGGUGGCUGCGAAUUAGCGAUGACUCUGUGCGAGAAUGCGGGAUUGAGAGUGUGUUGGCCGAGGGCGCGGGGGUAUUUAUGCUCUACUACGAGCGGGCUGUUCCACCACGGCCGGGUAUCUACCCUUCGCAAUCCGGAACGAGGGUGUCGGAGGAGACGUUGAGACCGGAGAUGAAGACGGUGGAGCUGAACGGGAGCGUUGGGUCCUUCGGUGGCUUCUUCGCCAUCGUCUUCGUGGGUGAAGGGCAAGGAGAGGGAGAUACUGGGCGGGAGAGGUUCAAGCAUUGGCCUUGCGUCGUCACUGUCGACAUCGUGGGUGGAACCAAGGGUGAUCAGAAGUGUGGCGGCUGGGAGGGGGAGGAGUACGAGUACACAACCGUCGUCCUCCGUGGGCUCGCUACCUCUAUCGAGCUCUCUACCAUCCGAAUCGACGCUGAAAUCGCAUCCGAAUGGAAAUGCAACCCACUCGGAAGAGUCAAAUGA